GUGUGUGUGUGUGUGUGUGUGUGUGUGUUCUCCAUCUGUCAGCAUGCACAGUGGAAAGCUGAAGUCCGUCCGCGCUGUGAUGAGGCUCGGUUAGAGACCCGCCCCGCACCUGGACUGCUUCCUCCGGCCCGGUUCGGUUCGGUUCGGCCUGGUUUUGACUUAUUUCAGUCCCGCCCGCCCGGAACCGAACCACCAGCCCGACAUGAACUCCAUCCCCCUGCCGGAGCAGCAGAGCCCCGGCCCGGGACCCGCCGCCUCUCCCGGCCCGGGACCCGCCGCCUCCUCCGGGCUGAAGGAGCUGCGCUGCCUGCUGGGGCACAUCCGCUACGAGAACCUGGCGGCGGGUCUGAGCGGGGGGGUGAUCUCCACCCUGGUGCUGCAUCCGCUGGACCUGGUCAAGAUCCGCUUCGCAGUGAGCGACGGCCUGCAGAUGCGUCCUCAGUACGAUGGCGUGCUUCACUGCAUCAGGACCAUCUGGCAGCUGGAGGGCGUGCGCGGCCUCUACCAGGGAGUCACACCCAACAUCUGGGGCGCCGGCGCCACCUGGGGGCUCUACUUCCUGUUUUAUAAUGCAAUCAAGUCUUACUGUCAGGAGGGUCGUGAGUCAGAGCUCGGGGCUCUGCAGCACCUGCUGUCUGCAGCUGAGGCCGGCAUACUGACCCUGUGCCUCACUAACCCGGUGUGGGUGACGAAGACGCGGCUGGUGCUGCAGUACAGCGACAGGAAGCAGUACAGAGGCAUGAUGGACGCCAUGCUGAAGAUCUACCAGCACGAGGGCGUCGCAGGCCUGUACCGGGGCUUCGUGCCUGGCCUGCUCGGGACGUCCCAGGCGGCGCUGCAGUUCAUGACCUACGAGGCUCUGAAGAGAAACAGCAACGAGUACAAGAAGCUGCCGAGCGACGCCCUGCUGUCUCCGUGGGAAUACAUCGUCAUGGCAGCGGUGUCUAAGAUCAUCGCCGUGGCGACCACGUACCCGUACCAGGUGGUGCGAGCUCGUCUGCAGGAUCAACACAACAGCUACAGCGGGCUGGCCGACGUGCUGUCCCGCACCUGGAGUAAUGAGGGAGCAUUUGGGUUCUAUAAAGGAAUGGUUCCUAACCUGGUCCGGGUUCUUCCUGCCUGCUGCAUCACCUUCCUGGUUUAUGAGAACGUCUCCAGACUUCUGCUGGGUCAGUACAACUGACUCAGACUGACUCAGACUGACUCAGACUGACUCCGACUGACCCCAAACUGACUCAGACUGACUCAGACUGACUCAGACUGACCCCAAGCUGACUCAGACUGACUCAGACUGACUCAAACUGACUCAGACUGACUCAGACUGACCCCAAACUGACUCAGACUGACUCAGACUGACCCCAAGCUGACUCAAACUGACUCAGACUGACCCCAAACUGACUCAGACUGACUCAGACUGACCUCAAAGUGACUCAGACUGACUCAAACUGACUCAGACUGACCCCAAACUGACUCAGACUGACUCAAACUGACUCAAAUUGACUCAGACUGACCCCAAACUGACUCAGACCAAACUGACUCAGACUGACUCAGACUGACCCCAAACUGACUCAGACUGACUCAAACUGACUCAAAUUGACUCAGACUGACCCCAAACUGACUCAGACCAAACUGACUCAUACUGACUCAGACUGACCCCAAACUGACUGACUGACUCAGACUGACUCAGACUGACUCAGACUGACUCAGACUGACUCAAAUUGACUCAGACUGACCCCAAACUGACUCAGACCAAACUGACUCAGACUGACUCAGACUGACCCCAAACUGACUCAGACUGACUCAGACUGACUCAGACUGACCCCAAACUGACUCAGACUGACUCAGACUGACUCAAAUUGACUCAGACUGACUCAGACUGACCCCAAACUGACUCAGACCAAACUGACUCAGACUGACUCAGACUGACCCCAAACUGACUCAGUCUGACUCAGACUGACUCAGACUCACUCAAACUGACUCAGACUGACUCAGACUGACCCCAAACUGACUCAGGCGGGGUCAGACGGACUCUGGCAGACUCUGGUAGACUCAGGUGGACUCAGGUGGACUCAGGCUGGGUCAGGCUGACUCUGGGUCAGUGCAGAAACCUGAUGAAACUGAAGUGAAACUGGCUGCAGGAAUCCACACCAACCACAGCAGAGACUAAACAGCUGGCUCGGCUGGACCAGGUGAGACCGACUGAGGGUCAUCUGUGGAGGAGGGGCAGCAGACUGAGUGCCGUUGUGUUUGCCUCCACCAGAGGGCACUGUGUGGCUGAGCAGCUGGUUUCAGACGGGAUAGGAACUGAUCCCAGGUCAGUGCCUGAGUGGCCGCGGACACUGAGAUUACAACAUUGGUGGCGACUGAGAGCAGAACGUUUUUAUUCGGUGUCUCAGUGUUUCCGGGGAUUAAAGGGCGGUGCUCGCUUUACAUUCUGGGAAUAAAAAGAUAUAAAGUGCAGUUUUUCUGACACAGGAGAAGCUCUUGUUAGAGAUCAGGGCAGAGUGUGUGACGCGUGUGGGUUGAUGUGUUGUUCAGUCAUAUUGUCCAAAGCAAAUAGCACUUUCCGAAAACAUGAAAAUGUGUUUAAAUCUUAGAAAUAUGUUUCAUCACAAAUGUACAGCUCAUGUGCUGCUGAUGUGUGGCAAUGAUCAAUAAUCAAUAAUCAUGUAGCGAUCGGUGGUGAAACCAGUCAGCUUUAAAUCGUCUGAUUCAGGGAUUCAGCUUUUCUUCUCAGCUGCUUUCAAAAUAAAAGGUGGACUGGACUGAA